AUGUCCUUGAUUGGCGGCCCAGAGCUUGGGUAUCAUGCCGACAUGAAAGGAUUUUUAGCCAAACUUGCCGGUGAUGCUGCGCCCAACAAGACCAACUUCAGUGCUACCUCGUCUUCCGACAGCUUCGUCGUGGAGUCUCAACUGGAAAAUGUGAACUGGGUUGAGUUGACCAACGCUGACCUUGACGAAUUACAAAAGCAUGUCGUUCCUUGCCAUGACGAUCUCGAGCCUCGCAACAUCCUCAUCAAGCGCGAUGGUACCCACAGUGGAAAAUGGCACGUAGCCGCUGUCAUUAACUGGGAGAUGGCUGGUUUCUUCCCUUUUGCGUACGAGUACGGCCACAAAGAUGCACAGCUGGGAUUAUCGAAUCUACACUUCAGUUACUACGCAGUCUUCAAGGAACAAUCAGGACAUUUGUUGGCCAGGGUAAAUCAGCUAUCAAACUAUUGGAGGCGCUCCGGGCGAUGGAUGUGUCAGAGAAGAGACUCCCAACAGAGAAUGUCGGCCGGCGGUUCCAACCACGGUGGUUGGAGAGGGAAAAGGUUGAGUUGUCAUCGGAUGUUCGAUUUGGAUGGGUCUGAAAAGCAGAUGCUGGAGAUGUUCGAGUAUUUACGAAGCAAGACAACGACAAUCUUGAGAUGGAAAUCCUGA